AUGGUGCUACCCGUCCCUCUUAUACGACUCCAAUGCGGAGUAAACUCCUACGAUUGGGGCAAGAUUGGAUCUGAAUCUGCCGCAGCUAAGUUCGCCGCCGCGACACCCUCCGAUACGUUGAACAUUCAAUCAGAUAAACCAUACGCCGAGCUAUGGAUGGGAACUCACCCUUCAAACCCAUCUAAGGACCUCGAAUCCGGCCGCACCUUGCUCGAGCUUGUCGAAGGGAACCAGAUGCUCCUCGCCCCCUCAGUUAAGGCGAGAUAUGGUUCCAAGUUACCCUUCCUAUUCAAGGUGCUCUCUAUAAAUAAGGCCCUUUCCAUCCAAGCCCACCCCAACAAGAAACUUGCCGAGCAAUUGCAUCAAAAAGACCCUAAGAACUACCCAGACGACAACCACAAACCCGAAAUGGCCAUCGCGAUAACUGAUUUUGAGGGCCUGUGUGGAUUCCGCCCGCUUGGCGAAAUUGCUCACUUUCUAUCCUCCGUACCAGCUCUACGACAGCUAGUCGGAGAAGAUGCCGCAAAGGCAUUUAUCGCUACGGUUCGAGGACAGGAGAGUGAUGAUUCAUCUGAGUCUACUACGCAGAACAAGAGAGCCCUCCAAUCUGCCUUUGCCGCUCUUAUGAAGUCUUCACAAGAAGAUGUAGCGUCGGCUGCCAAGUCACUCGUCUCGGACGCCGAGAGCAGAGGAGACGAAUUUGCAGAUGGCGGAAUCGAAUCUACCAGCGGAGCAGUUAUGUCCGAGUUGGUGAUUCGACUGAAUAAGCAGUUCCCUGAGGAUAUCGGUCUCUUCGUCUUGUUCCUCCUCAAUUAUGUCAGGCUUUCCCCAGGCGAAGCCCUUUUCCUGAAAGCGGACGAUAUUCAUGCGUAUGUGUCGGGUGAUAUCAUCGAGUGUAUGGCAGCAAGCGACAAUGUUGUGCGAGCUGGAUUUACACCCAAGUUUAAGGACGUUCAGACGCUAGUCGAUCUAUUGACAUACAAUUAUGCUCCCAUCGAGGAGCAAAAGAUGUCGCCAACAGAGUACCCGUACGUAGUGCUUAACCGUACCGCAUACAGCUCGGGCUCAGAGGCAAUCUUGUACGACCCGCCGAUCGAAGAGUUUAGCGUCAUCAGGUCGGUACUCAAUGGCGAGGGAUCUAAGGCAACCUUUGAUCCUAUUGAUGGACCGAGCAUUGUCAUCUGCACGGGGGGCAAGGGCAAAAUAACGGUUGGUCCAAAGACCGAGGAGAUUAAGGAAGGGAUGUCUUCUUUGUUGGUGCCACGGCGGAGUUGA